AUGCUUCACAUAGCCCAGCAGAUUGCAGCAGGUAUGGUGUACCUAGCCUCACAGCACUUCGUCCAUCGAGAUCUGGCAACAAGGAACUGCCUGGUGGGAGAGAACCUCUUAGUGAAAAUCGGAGAUUUUGGAAUGUCUAGAGAUGUGUACAGUACAGAUUACUACAGGGUAAGUUUACUUUUUGUUAUAAUCCUUUGUAGAGACUAUGAAAAUGGUAUAGGCUUUAAGACACAGAACACACAGUAA